AGCAAUAAUUUUUUUUUUUCUGAUAGAUCACUCAGUUCCAAGUAUUUCGUUAUAAGCAACAGAAAUGGCCUAAUACACCUGUAUACGUGCUUUUAAUUUGUGUGUAACUAGAAAACAACAAUAAAUGCAUAAAUUUUUGUUGUGAAUUGGGUUAAAUAUUUAAAUGCAGAGUCACUUCAUAAUCUGUUCCUUCAACGUUGUGUUUCUCUCUCAUCACGGCCCAGGAUCAUUCAUCUAGACACAGUGCUGUGUGUACUUCCAUUAACGUGGUUUGUAUUCUUUGUGCCCUUGCAACUGGACUUCUGCUGUUGCCUCAUAUCUGAGAGCAUGUGGUUCACAUGGAAGAGCUAAACAUCUUUGAUAUUCCAGUGAAGUGCAAUCUGAACACAAAAUAGAACUUUAUUUCUUCCUACUUACCCCAGUCUAUGUUAAACUUGUAUCAAAAUUAGUUUAUCUAACUUGUUAUUUCAGGCAUAUAUUUAUGCUUAUGCCUUUAUACCAGAUUAUAAUCUCCUUAGCAGAGAAGCUUAUUCAUACUUUUGUUCCUAGCAACAAGGAUGACUCUAGAUCUAUAAAGAGAACUUUGUAGUACUACUUUUAUUUAUUAGUAAAUUAUUGCAAUGGCAGGAUGUUGCUUCUGUGAUUUUUCUUUCACUAUAGAUUACAAGAAGUUGCAUUUUAUUUAAGAUAUGUAUAAGACACAUGCACACACAGAAAUAUGCUAUUACAGGGGGUCAGUAUCCUUUGAGGAUGUAGCUGUGGAAUUCACCUGGGAGGAGUGGCAGGACUUGGAUGAUGUUCAGAGGACCCUGUACAGGGAUGUGAUGCUGGAGACCUACAGCAGCCUGGCAUCAUUGGGUCACUGCAUUAUCAAACCUGAGGUGAUCUUCAACUUGGAGCAAGGAGGCAAGCCAUGGAUGGCAGAAGAACAUCCAAACCACAACCUCCCAGAGAGAGCUGCUGUUGGUCAGGCAGCCCCAGGCCUCUGGCUGGGACACCGGGUGAGCACCAGCCUAGGGGCCUGGCCUUGAGAAGGGCCUGCCAAGUCAUUCCCUUCAAAUCCAGCAGCACACCCUGCUGACAGUGCCACAGG